AAAUGGAUUAUCGAGUACGCAGGGAGGAUCUGAUAAUGUGUAAGGCAUAUGAUACGCAGAUAUAUUAUCUGGGACGUAUGGGGGAGCUAAUUUAUCUAAAAAACUAUUUCUUAAUUGAGGUGGAAGGCAUGCAGUAACCGGUUCAGAGAAAGCUGAUCUGAAUCUUCUUAUGUUGCGCCAAACAAGAGAAGGUUUAACAUUUGGUGAUAUGGAAAGACAAAAUGAUCUCCAGCCCUCAAACUUCUUUUUUUUUAAUAACUUUUUGGUGUCUGAAAUUACUUCACAUAAAAUGUCAAAAUUUUCUUCGGUAGAAUUUUCAAAGUAGAACAGUUCACACUGCUUUCUUUUGUGUAUAGCAUCUGUGCAAUCCCUAUCCCACCAUGGUGGCAAUGGGAUUUUGUUUUGUGAUUUUUUAUGAGGGAAAAGAUUAUCGGCAGUUUUUAUCAUGGCAUCUGAUAAAGCAUCAGCACAAGCCUGUUCAUUCCCACUUUGAAUUUCAGGAAGGCUAGAAACGAUUUUAUCCAAGUGUUCCCUAUACGUAUGCCAGUUUAUAUCAGUUAGUUUAUACUUCAACCGCGGAGGGCGACUGGAAUAAGAUUUUUGGCUGGAUGGAAAUUUUAAAACUAUGGGAAAAUGAUCACUACCAUAAGUAGAAGGCAUAACUUCCCAACUCAAAUGCGAGGCUAGUUUAUUAGUGCAUAGUGACAGGUCAGGUGCACUGGCACCUUCAUUUGGAGAUGUGCGUCGAGUAGGUGACCCAGUGUUUAAAAUACAAAGAUUAAUAUUAUCUAACAUAUCUAAUAAAGUACUACCAUAACUAUUUGUUGUAGCACUACCCCAUACUUCAUGUUGAGAAUUAAAAUCCCCUAAAACUAUAAAUGGUUUGGGAAGAAGAGAUAAAAUAUUUACAAGUUCAUUAAAGAUUGAAGAAGAAGGACGAGGAAUAUAUACAGAAACGAAACAUAUACUAUCUACAACAGCUGCAAUUAUGGAGAAUGAAUUAUUAUGAGAUGGGAGUGAGAAAAGUGAAAAUGAAUGAUGAUGCCUGAUGAGUAAGGCUACACCGCCAUACCCAUCAGAACGGUCUUCCCUAAGACAGGCGUAGCCAGGGAUCUUAAACAAAGACCCUGGUUUAAGCCAUGUCUCUUGUAGGGCAAAAACUAUAGGUUUAAAAUUAUUGACAAGAUGUAUUAUAUCAGAUUUCUUAUUAAUUGCGCUUCGACAAUUCCAUUGUAUUGCCUUGGCUUUGUGUUCCAUUAUGAAUAUUCUUUUCAGAAACUGCAUUAAUUACAGUGGCAGCGAUGGUCGGUGAGAGGUGUUGAGUCUGGGUUAAAGAUUUAAUUAGUGCUAUGAUUAACUCAUUUACUGAGGCUGAUGAUAGAUCAUCUCUGGGGAUGAGAGCACAACCAUCUUUUGGUUGAGGCAGACCCCUAGCGAGUUCUUGAUGGAAUUGCUGAUCAUAACCUUUUGAAAACUGAGGGGGGGAACGAGGCUUAAUAAAUACAGUUUUUUUAUAAGAUGUUUUAUUUUUUGUUGGAGAGUAAUCCUGAGGAACAGAAGCAUUUAUAUUGCUUGAAACUGUGGGAGAGGAAAGCAAAGCAUCAGCAUAAGAAAUUUUGGAAAUUGUGGGAUGAAGUUUUGAGGCUUCAGCAUAUGAAAUGCAGGAUUUGGCCAUAGAUUCUUUUAUGUUUUUCUGCCUCUCAUAUUCUAAACAUUUCCUGCUAGUGGCCUCAUGGAAACCUUUGCAGAGACAGCAAUGCAAAUUAUCCUCAGAGAUGGUGCACCCAUCCCCAGAGUGACCUUGACCACAUUUGUAGCAUCUAGGGGUAGAUCUACACUGACUUUUUACGUGCCCAUAUCUACAACAAUUAUAGCACUGAAUAGUAGGGUAAAUGUAAAGGUCAACAGCUAAAGAAGUGUAGCACAUAUAGACCCGCUUUGGUAAAACUUGGCCAUCAAAAGUUAAUAUAACAGUUUCAGUGUUUUUAAACUCUGAUUUGCCAUCUACAAUAGUCUUUCGUUUAAUCCUCCUCAAUUUUAAAAUUUUUCCACAACCAAUUGGGACUGAAAUAUUUUCGAGGACAUCAUCAUCGGACCACUCCUUGGGAACGCCUCUAACGACGCCCAUGCGGGUCACCGAGAAAGUUGGAAUGAACGCUUUGAAAUUUUCUUUUUCUAAUAUGCUAUUGGUAAUAAAAGAGUUGGCGUCUAAGUAGGUAGUAAAGGAAACAACCAGACGAUUGCGACCAAUUUUUUUUAAACUUCCGUUUACUAUACCCUUAAAAGAAUUCCUCCUUAAAAACCUGCCAAAUGAAAUUGGGUUUAAGUAGCUAUUAUCGUUGGGAGCAGUUUGCUCUCUCUGUAUAUGUACAAGAAAUGGUGCCGCAUCGGAAGAAUUGUAUACCAAUCUGGCUACCGAAACCGGUUUCUGUGGAGAUUCAUUUGGUUUAUAAACAUGAGAACUAACAACAGACGCGCUAUUUAAAGGAUCAGUUUCCAUGUCCACCACGCCACAACUGCAGUCGGACUGAGUUUUCGCGCCAUUUUUGCGCCUCUUUUUAUUGCAUUGUUUGCAAAGGCUGCGUGAGGAUACCCUCUUCCUCUUUGUAUUAGUAGUACUGACGGCGGAGCCAUCAGUGUCUACUCCGGUGUCGUUGUUCGAAACUGUUACAUAAUGCCCAACUUCGGGCGGCAAUGUUCCUCCGGGGUCAUCCGGAGGUUCCAUUUCAUUAAAGAAAAAACUAAAUAAAAAACUUACCAAACAGAAUUAACACUAACACUAUAACUAAACUACAAAAUAUUACGAUAGAAUAUAUACAAAAACUUAAUCUAAUCCAAUAUAAAAAUUAUUUUUCAACUUGAGCAAAAGAAAACACGUCCGCCAAAGUUCAGGUUUCCCGCGCUUUUUUUUCAUCAUUAAAUUGGAAACACCUAUGUGAAUAUCUUACGAACAAAUUCAAAUAAGUUCUUAAAAAGAAAAUGGUGACAUCAAAACUGUCAAUAUUCAAAUUAAGAAAAGAAACAAAACACUGGCACGAUGCCAGGCAGUGUCAAUGAGGUGUAAAUUCAAAAGUGUUGUGUCUAUGGUCGUGUGAUUGUCUGUGCGAUGUAAAGGAGUUUGGUAUACGAUGUGUUCAGUGAUGUGGCUGCGGCUGCUGGUGAUGCUGGCCGCCUGCUGGGCGCAGGAGGGGGAGUGGAGCGAAGACGCUGAGGACUUAGUGUCGACGGUCGACGUAGACGCAGUGCUGGGUCGAACAGCCUCCCUCCCGUGUGACGUCACACCCGACACUAACGAAGACAGGGUCUACAUGGUACUCUGGUUCCGAGCCGGCAAGGCCACGGGAGGCAAACCAAUAUACAGUUUCGACGUACGUGGCCGGUCGUUCAACAAGGCGCUACAGUGGUCUGACCCGAACGCCUUCGGUCCUCGAGCCGACUUCGCAACGAUCGCCCGCCCAGCCUCGCUCACACUUGACACGGUACAGCUAGAUGAUGAAGGCGUGUACCGAUGUCGUGUCGACUUUAAGAACUCACCGACGAGAAAUUUUCAGAUACGCCUCUCUGUUAUAGUGCCUCCUCAUCAACUGAUACUGUACGACAAAUCCGGACGGGAUGUGUCCGGAGUGGUCGGUCCUCUGGAAGAGGGCAAUGAACUCGUCCUCGUGUGUGAGGUCAGAGGAGGUCGUCCAGCGCCUACAGUGAUGUGGCUGAUAGAUGGUACUCCGGCGCCACAGUAUGUUGGAGAGAAGACUGACACACACGUGGUGGUGAACCGGUUAGAACUGCCCCAUGUGAGGAGAACACAUCUCAACACCACGUUUCGGUGUCGAGCGUCUAAUACGAACCUCGUUAGUCCUCAAGAGAAGACUGUUAGACUAGAGAUGAAUUUGCGACCGACGCUGGUGGAGAUAUUAAACAAGCCGGCUACGUUAUCAUCGGAACGUUACGUCACACUGACGUGCGUGUCGGAGGGUAGCCGGCCACCGGCGCAGCUCACCUGGUACAAGGAUAACAGAAUAUUUAAAAGAGGAAAGAUAAUAGAAUCCAUGAACGAGACGUGGGUUCGGAGCCAGGUGCAGUUCAUGCCGUUGCCAGAAGAUGAUGGUGUGCAGCUCAAGUGUCAAGCUGACAACAACGCACUGCCUGGACAGAGUCUUGAAGACUCCUUCAAAUUGGAUGUUGUGUAUCCACCUGUGGUCUCCCUGUCUCUGGGCAGCACCCUAAAUCCUCACGACAUCAAGGAAGGGGAUGACGUGUACUUCGAGUGCUCAGUGCGCGCCAACCCUAGAGAGCAUAGGAUAUCGUGGUAUCAUAACGAAAAGUUGGUGCUCCACAACGUGAUAUCAGGGAUCAUCGUGAGCACCAAGUCCCUGGUGCUACAGAAGGUGACGAGGGACCACGGAGGAGACUACUCCUGCAGAGCUACUAACGCGCUCGGGGAAACUGCCAGCCAGUCGACACAGCUUAGUAUACAGUAUGCACCAGUAUGCGCCCACGCAUCUCCUCAAGUGUUGGGCGCGCAACUCGACGAGUCUCUGCGUGUGCGCUGUUCAGUGACGGCCAACCCGCCUGACGUCACAUUCUUCUGGCAGUUCAACAACAGUGGGGAGAGCCUCGACGUGUCACCACUUAAAUUUGGAACAGCCAACGGCAGUACAAGUGAGCUGAGCUACAAGCCUCAGAGCGAGCGCGACUACGGCACGCUCAGCUGUCGCGGCACCAACUCUGUGGGACGCCAGCUCGAGCCGUGCGUCUUCCAGAUCGUUCCCGCCGCUCGACCAUCAGCCCCACGCAACUGCUCACUACAAGCUGGUAACACGAGUGCUGACGGGAACUCCUGGCUUCGAGUUUGCUGUGUGGCCGGCUAUGAUGGCGGGCUACCACAGUACUUCUUGCUGGAAGCACUGGAUCCUGUCACUGGGAAGACCAGGUUCAAUGGCAGCGUCAAUGAAACUGAUGGUCUGGCCAUCUUCAAGCUGGAUCUGUCCCAACUGUCCUCGGCUGGUCAAGCUUCAGGAGCUACCUUCAACCUGCUCAUCUAUGCGAGGAACCUCAAGGGAGAGUCCGAGAAGACCCUGCUUGAAAACAUUGCGUUUAAUGAUGCUGCUAGGAGAACAGAUGGCAAGGGCGCUAUGAGCAGUGUAAGCGUGGGAGUCGCGGUAGCUGCUGCUUUAGGCGCCACACUGGCCGCUGGGGGCGUAGCCCUAGCAGCCCUAUGUGCCCGCCGGCGUCGUGCCGCGCCCCCUCACAAGCACCCGCCAGGAGACAUGUUGGAGCUCAGCGAUGGUGGCAGACGAUAUGUAGUAGCGUACACUAUCAAACCCUCACCGGAUUUGAAGACUCCUGAUCCGCAGCCUGAUAUACUUAAUGCUCCAGAUGGAGAUAACCAACCAUCAGCGCCUAUUAUAGACGAAACAGAUGAAUGGCCUAGUAUACAAGAAGUCAGAGGAGACUGGAGUAAAGCUGGUGCCGUCUUCUCAGCAGAAGAUUUAGCAUUAUUAGAUUCUACUGGGCGACCACAACAGCUGACUCCAAACAGCGACCUACUGCCCAGUAGACAAGAAGACGUUCUGAACCAGAACUUACAACCAGUAAUAGGAACUAACUUUAGGCCUAGCUACGUAGUCACGAACAGUCCUACGUUGGGCAGUCCUAACUUUGUGUGUCCUAAUGGGAACUUGAGCUCGCCUUUCGGGAGUCAGACUCUUAGUGGGCCGACGCUCAGUUCAGGGAGUCUUGCCACUUCUACCCUACAUAGAAACAAAGGUAAAGGCAAUGUGCGAAGAAGGGAGCAUGUUCUAGCGGAGAACCUCCCAGGACCAGAAAGUUGUGUGUAAAGUGAUGACUACAAUGUGCUUCACGGAUUUGAAUUUCGAACUCUCAUGAAUUGCAACUAACGUAAGUGGACUCAUAGCCUUUUUGUGUAGAUUUUUUUACGAAUCUAAGAUACGCUUGUAUUAAUUUUGGACGGUUUUGUCAAUUUUACACAAUGGAUGUAUGUUAACGCUGUUUUGCCAAAUUGAACCAAUUGAUUUGUUUGUAUAUUAGGUAACGUAAUUUGUAAAUAGUUCUAUUAGUUUAAAUAUUUAGCUAACGUGUUCUAUAAAGGGGGGAUGCCCGUUUUAUCUUGUACAUUGCUGUUAUAUUGACUAAUAUACUGAGCUUGGUAGCGCUCACAAUGAAUUACGGCCUACAUUUUGUGUUACUAAUUUGCUCAAAAAUUGGGAACUUGGAAAGUGCGAAGCACAAAGUUUUAAAUUGUAUUUCAAGGUUCCUCAUAAUUAUAUUAAAUAGCGGAACAGCUCGAAACUUAGUGUUCCGUGCUUUUAUUUUGUCCCAAAACAAACGACAACGUUAUUAUUUGUCUUCUUACUAAUUGUUACAUCAAAGGCUCAUUUAAAAUUUGUUAUCAUAAAAGCAUAUUGAAACAUUUUGAUGUUUUUAAUUAUUUAAAAAUACGACUAAAAGGCUUAUAGAAUCUCCUAAUUGAUUUAACAAAAUCGGUUGUGUGAAUGUAAAUACUGAUAGUUGUAUAAACGAGACUUGUAUGUAUAGAUACAAAUAUUUAACUAGGGUAAGAAGCUUUUGUUGUCAAUUUAUUUAUGUGAAGAUUAUUAGUGAAAUUGUAAAUAUUGCAUAGACCGUGACGAUAGACGAAGCUCUUUAGCAUACGAGAUAAGGGGACCUCUAAAGCUGGUGUAGAGAUACAACCCUAUAAUAGAUAAUAUGUAAAACGUUUUACAACAUUGACAACAUUCUAGGUUCGAGCAUAAAGUUUAAAAUAAAAUACGUACAAAAUGUUCGUGUAAUAAAUCACAGUCACAUUUCGAGAGCGUACCUGCUCCGGUCCUCCGUACGGCGGUUUCCACGUGGAAAAAUAUUUUCAAGACAAAAUAUUAUCUUUCCUUUACCGUAUAUUUAAGGGUUAAUUGAAAUUUAUUUUUAAUACAUCUUUUCUACUCGUGGGACCGAAAUUGACUUAUUUAUUAUUUUACAAGGAAAAAUCUUUAAGUAAAAGUUUUUGCUUUAAUCUGGCGCUGUAUUCCAAUACCUUGAUAUUAAAUAACCUUUGGUAUCUAUUUUAUUCUCAAUCAGAAAAUAUUUUGGGACGGGUACUAUUUCUAAUUUUAACGUAGCCUGGUGAUGUAGAAAAUAAAUAUACACAUAUAAAAAUAAAUCAGCUAUUUUACAUUGAAACACGUUUUUAGAAAACGCAACAUCUAGUUUCCAUGGUAACGGUGACUUCCACAUGAGACCCCUUAUAUCGUAUGCGUAGAGCAACUCAGUAGUGCCAUUUUAUAACGAGAGCAAAUUGUAAAUGUUUCCAUUUUGUGUUGAUUCUAUUAUAUAGAGUUUAACAAAGAGAACGGUUCAUGUGUUACAUGCAGUUCGCGUCAAAUAAGUUUGCUGGUCUGAAGUUAGCUGCUUUAUCCUUUCGCAUUUGUUUGUACAGAAUUCAGAUAUUGUCGAUAACCUUUGCUUGUCCACAGUUGGUUACUAUUACCUAACUUCACAAUAAUCAAAAAUAUUUACCGCAGCUAACUUCAGAGAAGCAAAGUUAAGUGGUGCGAAAUGUAAGGCGAGCGAACUGUUUGUAGAUGUCAGUCAUCAUUUUAUGUGGUCCUACCAAUCUGAUAUGGCAAUUUUAUAUUUAAUAAAUAAAUAAUGGUUUAUAUAA